AUGGAAACCCCUGAAGAAGAGCUUGAGUGGCUAAGCAAGGACUGGAAAUCUGUCGCAUAUGCCUUCUUCAAGCCUGAGGUCACCAUCGAGAGCGACGCAUCGGGCAAGUGUGUGCACGUCUUCCACUGCAUGAACCGGGGAUGCCGAAUGAAGAUUUCAAGGUGGUUGGACAAGGGCGAUGCGAAGUCGACAGGAAACUUGAGAAAGCACAUCAAAGCGUGCUGGGGAGAUGAAGCGCUCACUGUCACAGAUGAGAUGAAGAACGCGGAUGAUGCUCGCCCAUGCGUGGCGAAGUUCGCGUGCUCAGGAUCUGUAACUGCAUCAUUUGAGCGCAAGGGAAAAGGAAAGAUUACGUACUCAACACGCCAGCAUACUCAGCAACAGUUCAGGGCGGAGAUUGUGCAUUGGGUCUCGGAGAGUCUCCACCCGUUUGCAAUUGUCGAGGAUCGCGGAUUCCAUUCCUUGAUGAAGAUGAGGUGCCCGGAAUAUUAG